CCGCACGUGAUCUGAUCGGCCCCGCAAAGACGCACCAGCCAAGUUUGGUAUCAUGCACUGAUGGAUUCUUGUUUACAGCGCAGUGAUGAUAGCAAAAUUAGAACCCCCCGAGUUCCCAUUUACUGCUCCUAUUUAUUGAUUGGCGGACUGCCACUGUGGCUGAAGCACCAUGUCGACCAAGGCUGAAUCAGAAAAGACAGAAACCAGCUCCGCUGGCAAGAUUGGCGCAUUUCUACAGAAAAACCUAAACAAAGGAGAGCUAGCCUUAAAGCAUGCUAUUGGUCUUGGCCAGACGCCCAACGUCGUGCCCGUAGGGGAACCCGGUCGCGGCGAGGCGCGUAACGUUGAGAUUGGCUGGCACCCAGUCGGCGGUCUAGCAGGCAAGUGGUUUGCGGAGCGGACUGGUCUUGGCAAGCUUAUUACCGAGAAGAUCAACAAAUAUCCCGAUCCUACCCAGCAUUGGGCAGUUUUGGUCGGCGACUUUGUACACCAGCUGUGGAUGGAUGAGAACUUUGAUGUCAUUUACAUCAACGAGAAGAUUAAACGGGAGGAAUGGACUACCUUUGAGGUCGGCCAGACCCAUCUCAAUGAUGAUGCCGUCCGCCGUGCCGGCGAGGCCGUGAUUGCCACCAUCCGUGAGAAACAGCCUGGAUAUAACCUAAUCUCCAACAAUUGUCAAACAUACGCCCUGCAGCUUCUUGAUGCUAUCAAGGCGGGUGGAAAACAGGAGUUUGGCACGACCCUUGCUGUCUAUGAGCGUGUAUUUGGCGAAGGCAAAGUCAUGGAUUUAUUCGAGGAUCCCGAGACUGGUGUGCCCGUUGCUGCUGUACCGCCAGCAGACGGUGUUCCUCCAGCACCAGUGGCAGAAGGCGAGAACCCUCCGGUACCUCCAGAGAAGAAGGAUGACGACAAGACAAACGAAGAAAAGAAGGACGAUGAUAAGACAGAGGAAAAGAAGGAUGAUGACAAGACAAACGAAGAAAAGAAGGACGAUGACGAAAAGAAGAAUGAUGGCAACAUCGUGUCGUUUGCUCAAAACCUCAUGAACAAAUACACUAACCAACUUGAUACCCAAGAGCAAGCUAACGCAAGCCGCGAGGCUCCCGACCAAAAGGACAAACUGCGCGAUGCGAAGAAGAAGGUGCUUGGCUUCUUCAAGCGCAAGUAAUGGAUGCGGAUUUUUAAGAUAUUUUUUUUGUUAGGAUAGACGCAGUUGCGCAGAAAUACAUAGUCCGAGUUUAGUAGAUACGAGCAAGACAUAGAUAAUGAGGCUGUCCUGCGAAGCAAUGUGAACACGGCCGACCAACACCACACUACGACCGGGC